AUAUUUCCAACAAAUUAAAUAUUCUACAAGAAGGCCAAAUAGAAUCUAUGGAACAUUUAUUAUGAGAUCUCUAGAUAUAGAGAUCUAGAAUAUUAUUAUUGUUUUAGUGUACAGUGUACACCUAAAGGCCUAAAAUAGUAAAGGCGAAGUAAAACAAAUAAAUAGGCCUAAGCCAGACCUUUUCGCCGUUGCCAAAUCCAAGUCUAGGCCUACCACGUUGAACAAUCGUAUACGUCAAAUUGAUUCUACGAGCUCUGUUCCGGCUAAUAAUAAACAAACUUCGUAGCCAAACACUCAAAUAGAUCUAAUCUAGAGAGUCUAGAAUAGAUCUACAAUACAUUGAACAUUGUUAUGUUACAAUCUGUUCUAAAACAAUAGGCUAUAGAUUUCAAACAAAAUAGUUGAAAAUAGAAAUCUGAACACUGCAUAGGGCUAUAUUAUAGGCCCCCUAUAUAGUACUACAUACAACUAAACGUUGUAACUAACAUUAGUAACAUAGACAAAGACAGGCCUUCUCUACUCUACACACAUUUUAUUACUCUACAAAAUGACAAAUGCUUAUUCAUUUGAGGGAAUUCUCAUCAUGAGCUUGCUGGUGAUAUGUACCUGCGCCUACAUGCGUCGCGUGCCUAGGUUGAAACAGUGGUUUCUAUCUGAACGGAAGGGUUUGAUGGGAGUCUUUUACAAGGCCUCUGUGAUAGGUACAAGGCUCCAUGUUGCUGUGGCACUGACUUGUAGUUUGAUGGCUUUCUAUGUCCUUAUACUCAAAUAACAGCACAAAAAUCAUGUCCUCAAAUAAUAUCAGCUCCUUCUCAACUGCUGGACACUAUAGACCAUCACCAGGGGUGAAAGCAAACUAUUUGAUCAGGAUUGAAUUUAAAUUAUGUGCCACAAGUUGAUUUUUUUCAUUGUAAAGAUCACCUAUGCAUUGUUACAUUGUGUAUCAAAUCUAUUUAAUCCUCAUCUUUGAACAUGGCUGCUACAUUGAGAUUGUUGAUCUGCUGUUAUUUGUUAGUCCUCAUUGAACUUGUUUUGUAAAUAUUGUCAACUUUGGGAAAAUAAAAUUGGUUUGAACU